ACUUGGUCUCCAAUGGGCGUCCAAAAAAAUCUUUUAGGACCCACGUCAUAAACCUAUUUGCAUAAUUUGACGUGGCAAGUUAUUGUUGGACACGUUGGAAGAUACUGGGAACAGUAAAACUGGAAAAGAUGCAAACCUUAGCUACUUUUAUCAAGAACAUAGAGCAACGGAGUAUGUGAACAGUUAAACUCCCAAAAGACCAGGAAAAGAAGUGAUUGCUCUCAUGGCUUUUGCUGUUAAAUUCUCAACCAACCAUUGUUUAAACUCCCAUGAUCUUUUGCUUCCUUCGGAUUCAUCAAACCCAACCUCAAAGAUAUCACCAGUUUCUUCUCUAUCAACAAGAGAUGCUGGCCAUCACAUGAAGCUUAAGCACCCAUCAAGAGCAUCUGCUGAAGCACUAGAACCAGAUGUAUUUGCAGCUCUUGUUCCAAACAGUGCUGAUAAAUCACUGCAAAAAUUAAUAGAAAGAAUUCUGGCUGACGGCAGAUCAACCUAUCUCAACAUAAGCAAAAGGAAAACAGAUAAUUGAAGGCUUGAGUUUACUUUCUCAAUGAGACUGUAGUUUUUGGAGUUUCCAGGACAAUCUAGUUCUCAUUGAUUGUGAUUUAUCAGAGAAGUAGUCACAGCUGCCUUCAUCAGUUGGAAGAAUUCUUUUUUUUUUUUUUUCAGAAUAUUUAUUACUGUAUUGAAAACUGCUAUCUACAUCACUUCAUAUAUUACAGAAUGGAUAAUGUUUUUUUCAUGGUGAAAGAGAAAUAUCACUAUCAACAAGUAAGAGAAGCAGGAGCCGAAACCUGCUUCCAAAGCUUUAUCAUAGCAAAUCCCGUUACUGCACAAACCAUGGAAGCGAGGCUGAGUACUAGCAAGAUUACACACAAAACUGAAAUCUAGAAGUUUAUACUGAUCUUUCUAUUCAAUGCAUUGCAGAUACAUAUUUCACAGUACAUUCUCAUAUAUCAUGUCUGUAUCAAUAUUGCUGAUAAAUCAGACAUACAGAAUUCAACUA